UGCUAUUGUAGAAAAUUACAUUAUUUCUUAGCAAAGCAAUACAUUACUCGGGAAUGUCUCACAGAACAUUCGUGCUCCACCCCAGAGCUGAACCUCACCGAUGGCUCACCCUAAACGCACAUCGAAUGCAACCGAGCCAACCAUAAACGAGAGCGCGUUAUGAGCGAGGAGAUUAGCAACUUUGCACCCUGUCCCGUUCUACUACUUAUGACCAUAUAGUGGCCGAGAGACACGCGGACAGCUGAGAAGCACACCUCACCCAGACCUGUCAAAUGUUUUAGUCUGUCAAGCGAAUUACUUAUUGACAUACAAUCCAGGACAAGUUCUGUUACUUAGCUAAGUUACCAUACGUUGAGUCUCCGAAGAAAUAGUUCUAACUGGGACACUAUACAAAAGAGACAACGGAAAAUGACACACAUUUUGACAGCAUGUAAUAUUGCCAGGACCCUAAAGCACGGAUGGUCUUUAGGAAGAAUCAGACAUUUUGCCGCCUGGAAAUCAAACGGAAUAAGGUUAUAUAGUGUCAAGGCCCAGUUGGCACACUUGGUUCUGGAGGAUGGCACGCGAAUGAAGGGCUUUUCCUUCGGACACGGACGCUCCGUCUCCGGGGAGCUGGUCUUCAACACGGGCCUGGUGGGUUACCCAGAAGCUCUGACCGACCCCAGCUACCGAGGUCAGAUCCUCACCCUCACCUACCCGAUCGUGGGGAACUACGGCGUCCCCAACACCCAGGAGCUGGAUGCCCUGGGCCUCCGGAGGCACGUCGAGUCCGACCGGAUCCAGGUCUCAGGGCUGCUGGUGCAGGACUACAGCCAUGACUACAGCCACUGGAACUCAGUGAAAUCUCUGGCUCAGUGGCUGCAGGAGGAGGAGGUCCCUGCCCUGUAUGGUGUGGACACCAGAAUGCUAACUAAGAUCAUUCGAGACAAGGGCACGGUUUUGGGGAAAAUCGAGUUUGACGGGCAACCAGUGGAGAUUUCCGAUCCCAAUCAGCGCAAUCUAGUGGCUGAGGUGUCCACAAAGGAGACAGUGGUGUUUGGGAAAGGAAACCCCAUCAAAGUGGUGGCUGUCGACUGUGGGAUCAAGCACAACAUAAUCCGUCUGCUGGUGAAGAGGGGGGCGGAGGUCCACCUGGUACCCUGGGACCAGGACCUGAUGAGUCUGGAGUACGACGGCCUGUUCAUCUCCAACGGCCCCGGAAACCCAGCGCUGGCUGAGCCCCUCAUCCACAACGUCCGCAAGGUGCUGCAGAGUGAGCGUCCUCAGCCCGUGUUUGGGAUCUGCAUGGGGAACCAGAUCACCGCCCUGGCUGCAGGAGCCCGGUCUUACAAACUGCCCAUGGGAAACAGGGGUCAGAACCAGCCGGUGGUGAACGUGAUGACAGGUCGGGCCUUCAUCACGGCUCAGAACCAUGGCUACGGCAUCGACAGCCAAUCACUGCCCCCCGGCUGGAGCCCGCUCUUCGUCAACGCCAACGAUGGCACCAACGAGGGGAUCAUGCACAACUCCAAGCCCAUCUUCACAGCGCAGUUCCAUCCCGAGGCUAAAGGUGGCCCCACAGACACUGAGUUCCUGUUCGACAGCUUCAUCGCCGUGAUAAAGAAGGGACAGGGAGGCAGCAUCGUUUCUGUGAUGCCGAAGAAAGCUGACCUUCCCCAGAGGCCACAGGUGUCCAAGGUGCUGGUGCUGGGCUCUGGGGGUCUGUCCAUCGGUCAGGCGGGAGAGUUUGAUUACUCAGGAUCCCAGGCUGUCAAAGCCAUGAAGGAGGAGAACGUGCAGACGGUUCUGAUGAACCCGAACAUCGCCUCGGUUCAGACUAACGAGGUGGGCUCCAAGCAGGCCGACUCCGUGUACUUCCUGCCCGUGACGCCGCAGUUUGUCACCGAGGUCAUCAAAGCUGAGCGUCCGGACGGCAUCCUGCUGUCUAUGGGGGGGCAGACCGCCCUCAACUGUGGGGUGGAGCUGUUUAAAAGCGGGGUGCUGCAGCAGUACAGGGUGCAGGUUUUGGGGACCCCGGUGGAGUCCAUCAUGGCCACAGAGGACCGGCAGCUCUUCUCUGAGAAGCUGACGGAGAUCAACGAGAAGAUGGCCCCCAGCAUCGCCGUGGCGACGGUGGCGGACGCCCUGAAAGCGGCGGAUCAGAUCGGGUACCCCGUCAUGCUCCGGUCCGCCUACGCCCUGGGGGGGCUGGGGUCGGGCCUCUGCCAUAACAAGGAGAGGCUGGAGGAGACGGCCAGGAAGGCCCUGGCUGUGAGCUGUCAGAUCCUGGUGGAGAAGUCUCUGCUGGGCUGGAAGGAGGUGGAGUACGAGGUGGUCCGGGACGUGGCCGACAACUGCGUCACCGUCUGCAACAUGGAGAACUUUGACCCUCUGGGCAUCCAUACAGGGGACUCCAUCGUGGUGGCGCCCAGCCAGACCCUGUCCAACGAGGAGUACCACAUGCUGCGGGAGACCGCCAUCAAGGUGGUACGUCACCUGGGCAUCGUGGGCGAGUGCAACAUCCAGUACGCCCUGCACCCUUCCUCCCUGGAGUACCGCAUCAUCGAGGUCAACGCCCGCCUGUCGCGAAGCUCUGCCCUCGCCUCCAAGGCAACGGGGUACCCCCUGGCCUUCGUGGCGGCGAAGCUGGCCCUCGGCAUCCUGCUCCCGGGGAUCAGGAACGCCGUGUCGGAGAAGACCACGGCCUGCUUCGAGCCCAGCCUGGACUACAUCGUCACCAAGGUCCCCCGCUGGGACCUGGACCGCUUCCACGGCAUGUCGCGCGAGAUCGGCAGUGCCAUGAAGAGUGUGGGGGAGGUGAUGGCAGUGGGGCGCACCUUUGAGGAGAGCAUCCAGAAGGCCCUGAGGAUGUGCCACCCCUCGGUGGACGGUUUCGUGCCCCAUCUGCCCCUCAAGAAAGCCUGGGAAGCCCAGCAGGACCUGCAGCGGGACCUGGCAGUGCCCUCCAGCACCCGAAUCUUCUCCCUGGCAAAGGCCCUUCACAGCGGUGUCAGCGUGGAGCAGAUUCACCAGCUCACGGCGAUCGACAAGUGGUUCCUGCACAAGCUACGCCGCAUCACAGAGCUGGAGCAGCACCUGGGAAAGUUCGACAGCUCUACGGUAUCACAGGACCUGCUCCUGAGGGCCAAGAGGGAUGGCUUCUCGGACCGGCAGGUGGGCCAGAACCUGGGGUGUACUGAGACCGAGGCCAGGGAGCUGAGACUGAGCCAGAACAUCAGGCCCUGGGUCAAACAGAUCGACACACUUGCCGCAGAAUACCCUGCCGUUACCAACUACCUGUACUGCACCUAUCAUGGACAGGAGCACGAUUUGGACUUCUCCGACCAGGCGAUCCUGGUCCUGGGCUGUGGGCCCUACCACAUCGGCAGCAGUGUGGAGUUCGACUGGUGUGCGGUCUCCAGCAUCCGUGCCCUCAGGCAGAUGGGCAGACGCACAGUUGUCAUCAACCACAACCCCGAGACGGUCAGUACGGACUUUGACGAGUGCGACCGACUCUACUUCGAGGAGCUGACCCUGGAGCGCAUCCUUGACAUCACCCAGCAGGAGGGCUGCAAGGGGUGCAUCGUGUCCGUGGGGGGGCAGAUCCCCAACAACCUGGCCAUGCCGCUGCACCGGAACGGGGUGACCAUCCUGGGGACCAGCCCGGAGCAGAUCGACCGCGCUGAGGAGCGCUCCGUUUUCUCCUCCAUCCUGGACCAGCUGGGCGUGGCUCAGGCCCCCUGGCAGGCCCUCAGCUCCCUGGAGGAUGCCUUUGCCUUCGCCAGUAAAGUUGGGUACCCCUGUCUCCUGAGGCCCUCCUAUGUCUUAAGCGGUUCGGCGAUGAACGUGGCGUACGGUGAAGAGGAGAUGAAGCGUUUCCUGGAGGAGGCAGCGCAGGUGUCACAGGAGCACCCGGUGGUCAUCACUAAGUUCAUCUGCGGAGCCCGGGAGGUGGAGGUGGACGCUGUCGCCAAGGCGGGCAAGGUGCUGGUCCACGCCAUCACUGAGCACGUGGAGGAUGCUGGGGUCCACUCUGGUGACGCGACGCUCAUGUUACCGACACAGUCCAUCAGCCAGGGGGCGCUAGAGAAGGUGAAAAAUGCCACACGGAAAAUUGCCAAGGCCUUCGAGAUUUCAGGGCCGUUCAACACGCAGUUCCUGGUGAAAGGAAAUGAUGUCAUGGUGAUCGAGUGCAACCUCCGCGCCUCCCGCUCCUUCCCCUUCGUCUCCAAGACGAUCGGCGUGGACUUCAUCAGCGUGGCCACGCGUGUGAUGGUGGGCGAGCCGCUGGAUGAGUCACGCCUGCCCUCGCUGGAGAACCCCAUCAUCCCCGUCGACUACGUCGGCAUCAAGGCUCCCAUGUUCUCCUGGCCCCGGCUCCGGGAUGCAGACCCCGUUCUGCGCUGUGAGAUGGCGUCGACUGGAGAGGUGGCCUGCUUCGGACCAAACAUUUACUCUGCCUUCCUGAAGGCCAUGCUGUCCACAGGGUUCAAGCUGCCCCAGAGGGGCAUUCUGAUCGGGAUCCAGCACUCAUUCCGGCCCCGGUUCCUGGCUGCUGCUCACCAGCUCAAUGAGGAGGGCUUCAAGCUCUACGCCACUGAGGCCACCUCCGCCUGGCUCAACGUCAACGACGUUCCCUCCACCCCUGUGGCCUGGCCCAGCCAGGAGGGCAAAGAGGGACCCCUGCCCAGCAUCAGCAGGCUCAUCGGCGAGGGGCAGAUCGACCUGGUGAUAAACCUCCCGAACAACAGCACGCGCUUCCUCAGGGAUAACUUCCUGAUCCGCAGGAUGGCGGUGGACCACGGAGUGCCCCUCAUCACCAACUACCAGGUGGUGAAACUGUUUGCCGAGGCCGUAAAGUACAGCGGCUCUCUGGACUCCACCAGCCUGUUCCACUACCGUCGACGAGACACCACUCAGCAGGGCUAGAGCUCCGCCCCUGACGCCACACCCUCUGAGCCACGCCCCAUUUCUCAGCCUGGCCAAUCCGUGGCUGGAACCUCCCAGCCGGCAGCCAAUCACCUCUUCUGUAGUGUUCAAUGAGAGCGAGACGGUCCCGCAAGGGGCGGAGUUUUACCAGCGUCUUCCGUGAUAACGUCUGUUUACUGUUUCCACCAGUGAGAGACUUUAACAUCUAACCAAUUAUCAAGCAGGGGCGGAGUUUUACCAGCGUCUUCCUUGAUAAUGUGUGUUUACUGUUUCCACCAAUGAGACUUUCAAAUCUAACCAAUUAUCAGACAGGGGUGGAGUUUUACCAGAGCCUUCCGUGAUAACCUGUGUUUACCAAUUAAACCAAUGAGAGACUUUCAAAUCUAUCCAAUAAUCAAUUGAGCAGGACUCAAAAUGUCACUUCAGGUUAAGCAGUCUGCUGCACAGCAAGUAGUAAUAUGUAAAUGUCCCUAAAGCCAGGAGAGCAAGGUUCUUUCAUCGGUUUUUGGCUAGUCCUUUAAUAGGGCGUCAGACACCUCAAAUGGCGUUGCAGUGACUCAUCUAGCCUGCACACCAUUGUCUUAACGUGUUUCCAAACCACGGGAACAUUAUAGCUGAGAUGAAGAAACUGUUCUCAAGAUGAGAAAGAAAAUGUUAGGUUUACACUGCAGAAUUUGUAAUGUGUUAGUAAUUUACUUCAGAUUGUUUUAGUAAUUUACUAAGUGCCUGUCAUGAAGAUGAGGCAUUAAUUCCAGGAUCUUCAAAUGCCACGGCCGGCCUUUCUUGACACUGUUUCGUCUUCCCGAAGGUCCACAGUCUCAUUUGUUUACAGUCGUAUCGAUCAGGUCGGUAGCCUUUCCUGUGGACUCUCUUGUAAGCCAAAACAAAUGCUAUCCCCUGCACAAAGACACACGGCCUCCAUUUUGUGAUCGCUGAGAUGUAAUUGAAUUGGUAUUUUUAACAUAACCCGCUAUCAUCCUGGCCCUUUUCUGUAAUAGAACAUUGGACUCUGCUUGUGGGUGUGUGUGAGUGUGUGUGGGUGUGUGUCUGCGUGUGUGUGUGUGUGUGUGGGUGGGUGUGUUUGGGUGCCUGUGUGUGUGUGUGCGUGCGUGCGUGCAUGCAUGUGGGUGUGUGUGUCUGCGUAUGUGUGCCUGUGUGUGGGUGUGUGUGUCUGCGUAUGUGUGCCUGUGUGUGUGUGUGUGUGUGUGUGUGUGUGUGUGUGUGUGUGUGUGUGUGUGUGUGUGUGUGAGGGAGAGAGAAAGAGAGUCUCACACUCACAGACCAAAAUUGUGGUUGCCUCAAACAGACGAGAUCUCUUUAUCAAAAGAAUUCCUGUUUUGAGGCCUGGGGCCGUGUGUUUACAGAAAGUCGAUGGAGAGCUGCAACUUGAGUGCACAUUCAAGUUUAUUGUUUCGUUUUUCAAUGUGUACAUAUUUCAGGAAAUCUGCAGACUUGAGUUUCAAACAUUUUCUCUUCUGAAGCUCUUCUUCCUGCCAAUUAAAGAACGCUUAUUGUGAAAGAACGAUAUUGUCUCUCGCGCAUUUUAAUAGAUGUCAUUCUCAAGACCUUUCAGAUCUGUGGUUGUUUUGGAUGGUUUUUGGAUUCAAGUACUUUUCUGCGCUUUACUGAGCUUGUAUGUAUAUUGCAUUGAAACCUAUUAAAUACCCUCAAAAAGAGCCUUCCGGUCCUCUUGGUUGACUUAGUUUCACCAGACAAGACCAAUCUAGCACAGAAAAGUAUUUGAAUCCAAAGCAACCGCAUCUGUGUUCGAUACAGAUCUUUACCCUUUCACAGGGGAUGUGACCUUGGUGCUGGUUGGUGUGUGUGUGGUGCUGGAUAAUGGUGACCAAUCAGGAACCAGAAGGGAUGGUGAUUCGUUAGGAAUAGCUGGGGAUGACAGAUAGAACUCUGAACCUCUAAUUACAGGUCUACAUUAACUGUGGUUAUCUUAGCACUAUGGUCUGUAUCAGCCUUGAAUGUCGAAAUUCAUUCAUCACAUUUACACAGUCAGUCGCACUUCUGUCUGAAAGUGCUCGUGAAUCUGUGUGUGUGCCCGUCUCUGUUCCUGUGUUUGGGUGCGUGUGUGUGUGUGUGUGUGUAUGUGUUCGUGCAGUUUGUGUAAACACGCUUAAUGGGAUGUCAAGUCCCUUAAUCGCUCAUUGCUCCGGCAGGGCAUUGUACCCCGCUUAGUCAAAUCAACUGUAAUUCGCUUUGGAUAAAAGCGCCAUCUAAAUAAUUAAUGUAGUGUAAUGCAUUCACAGGGCGUUGCUGUAGAAGAGCAUGUGUGCUCAGUCAACAUACCCUGCAUAAAUAAAGAUGAAUAAAUACAUAAAAUACAACACAUCAAUGAUGCCUCACACGCAUCCUCGCCCCCUUUAGCGUUUAGGUACAUGAAGGCAGUCAUGUUCCCAUCACAGGUGCAUUGUGGGUAAAGUCAUGUCAGACAGGAUGCCCUUUUUCUGAAUGCACAUUAACCCCUCCUGCCCCUUGGCCUUUCGCAGAAACGGGAGGUGUGCUCAAUGCAAACAAAACCCCUGGUCUUCCGUCAGAUGUUUACACGCCGAGGCGGGGAGAUUAUUCAUGCGCUUUCUACCGGGGGGGCUCAUCAGGAGUGAGGGGAGUGUGUGUGUGUGUGUGUGUGUGUGUGUGUGUGUGUGUGUCUGCGGGUGUGUGUGUGUGUGUUUGCGGGUGUGUGUGUGUGCCUGUCUGCGGGUGUGUGUGUGUGUAUGAGUGUGUGCAUGUGUGUGUGUGUGUCUGCGGGUGUGUGUGUAUGUGUGUGUGUGUGUGUGUGUGUGUGUGUUUAUCCGGCGCUCCCGGGCUCAGACACGUAGCCGCACACACCCUGGGACGGAGGCUGAGGCCGCUUCUCAAUGUUUCAUCAGGAAAGUCCCCCCCCGGCCACGCUGCCAUCAUCCUCCACCCGGGGGGGAGUCCCUCACCCCUCACCUCUCCUUAUUCACUCUGCUUGCACCCCCUCCGGUCCCCCCUCGCUCUGGGUCUCCGUGUGCGGGCUCAGCAGACUUCUCCGGCCGCCGUUUGCAGUCUGAAUGCAGCGCAACAUGUCCCCACGUUCAUUACACUGGGUCUUGUAGGACGUGCUCGUAAUAUGGGUGUUUUAAGAGACGCGUGAUAUCAUCUUACAAGGUUCCUGAAAGGAUACGGUUGUUUCUAAGCAUAUGCAUAUACUGUAUACAUACGGAAAAUUCCUGCUUCGGUGAUGUAUAUUGUGGAGAGCUAUUAUGUGACAUGUAAUGUGUGAUGUACCGUCAGUGCACUUACUGAAAACAGGCUCAUUAGAGAAAUCAUCUAAAAUAGCAGGUUUCAAUUCAGUGCCUACAGUCAAAGCAAGACUACUUUUACCAGGCAUGCUCUGUAACUCCCUAUUCUCUCUUCUCCUCUCUCCAUUUUCAAAACUCGCAAGGAGGGCAGGAGUCUCUCUGGGUAAAAUAUAUAAUUGUUUUGGAUUCAAAUAUGUUUCUGUGCUCGAUUGAUCUUGCCAUUGAGCCAAACAG